AUGGCGUCCCCUCGCAACAAGCUACAUUUGCCCCAGCAGCACCGCCAGCUCUCGUUUUCGUCAUAUCUCGUUACUCCUCAGGAACUCCAUGAGGCUCUGAAGAAAUAUCCCCCGAGCAAGAUCUCGACGGCACCCCGCGUCGUGCCCCUCUGCGCGGCAUGGUUCAUGCCAAACGACCCCGAAGGACGCAAAGGAAUUGAUGUCUUCCGCAAGAGCCAUAUUCCCCAUGCACGCUUCUUCGAUAUUGACGCCAUCAAGGACGAUGACUCUCCUUACCCUCACAUGUUGCCUACGAACGAGCGCUUUGCGGAGGCGAUGAGCGAGCUGGGCAUCCGCCGAGACGACGAGGUGGUGGUUUACGAUACCCAAGAGUUGGGAAUCUUCAGCGCACCUCGUGUAGGAUGGACUCUGAGGGUCUUUGGGCAUCCCAAUGUCCACGUUCUUAACAACUACAAGCUGUGGGUUCAGCAAGGAUUCCCGACCGAGUCUGGAGACCCGGAACCCGUAGAGAAGACGAAUUACCCCGUUCCGUCGAGAUUGCCAAAAAAUUAUGGAAAGGAGGGAGCUGACGAGACUGAGAUCUUGGAUGCGCGAUCCUACGGCCGCUGGGCGGGCACAGAGAAGGAGCCGCGGCCUGGUCUGUCGUCUGGACAUAUGCCUGGUUCUAAAAGCCUUCCAUUCCAGGAGCUCCUCGAUCCUGAAACAAAGACCUUUCUUCCUGCUUCGGAGUUGCGAAAGGUCUUUGAGCGGAAAGGGGUGGAUCCGUCCAAGACCAUCAUCAGCUCGUGUGGAACCGGCGUGACAGCGGCCAUCAUUGAGACUGCGCUGGGCGUGGCAGAGUAUGGGGACCGGGAGAAGAGGCGAUUGUAUGACGGCAGCUGGACCGAGUGGGCUCAGCGUGUAACUGAGGACAGCGGCUUGAUUCAGAAGCUGAAAUGA